CACAGGGUUGAUCCUGUCAUCAAAAUGAAUGAAAUAAAAGGAAAAAAAGCUAAUUUCCCUUUGAAAUAUAUUUGUAAAAAAAAAAACUUUUAACUAAAUAUUUGUGAUUCCACUGGACCAUUUGGAACUUCUUACUAACUCCUGCUCCAAAGCUGCUUAUAAAUGAACCACAGGAGUGUGAGAAUAAAAACAACAUUAGAAUCGAAAGUCCAAAUAUGUACCACAUGCACAGCUUCAAUAGGAGUGACUGUGCAGAGUGGUAUGUCCGGGAAAGCUACGGGUUAAUUUAAGACUAGAAGCAAAGCCUGUUGCCAAUUAGGAGCAGUGAGCGCCACAUGUGGGCUAGACGACGUAGCUAUCUCCAGAAGGGGCAAAGGGGGCAGAAACCGCACUGCGCGCAAUGGGGACAAGCUAAAAGUCUGUGGAACCACUUGUUCGACAUCAAUUGGAACCUACGUGGAUAAUUACUCAUUUAAGGGAUUUUUCUCUCUCUCAAGACAUGAACAAACAGGAGUGAAGGAUUGGUGCGCAAAAAGGGCUUGAUUACGUUUGUACCUUUCAGUAUUGCAACAUGGCGCGUGUUUCUACCUUAUUUUUACUCUGUGUAACAUCUUUGUUUAAUCGGGCUGCGAGCGUACCUGAGAUUUGCCGGGGCGCGCGCUGCUUUUCUGGCCAGGACUGGAGCAGACCGUGCGUCGGAGCGCACUGCCAAAGGCGCACGGAGGCAGCGGCACCCAGGAGACAGAAUCCCCACUCUGCACAGUCCAGACAGGGACAUGUGUACCCGAGUUACCAACAGGAUGGUCAUUUUAGUCACCACCAAGCCCAGAGCGCGCCUUUAUCCCCGUACACCAUUAGCCAACCUCAGCAGGGAGGCUUUGCGCAGCCAGCAGGGACGGAUGGCAUAAGGAGGACUAACCCCAGGACCAUCACGGCGGAGGUGUUCCAUCCUGGCUGCGUCGGUGGGUCAUGUCCGACGUCUGUCUCUCAUCGUCCCACGGGUGAUGACGGUGCAACGCAUGGGUGCAAAGGGAUCGGAUGUAAACUUCCCCUCCGGAUGCGCCAGAUGCCCAAGCCUUGCGUCGGGGAAGGAUGCGGGACGCAUGGAGGAGACGACGGGAGAGGAGGGCACUCGUCCCCGGUUCAUGUGACAGACAGAGCGGCGCAGUUUCUGGAUGAGCUUCCAGACGUUGGGACGGAUCGUGGUGCAUGGAUACAGUUGACAUGUGACAUGAAACCAGGCAACAAUGAGCUUCCCUCUGAGGACGCUCUUGUGCUGCAGCUGUCCCUGUCUAAGAGCCAGGAGAAGCUGGUUGAGGCCCUCAGGGGCCAGCAGGACGAGGUCAAGGAGCUGCAGAGGCUCCUCAGCGAGCAGCAGGGGACGCUGGUGAACCAGCAGAGAGAAAUACUGGAGCAGCAGAGGAGGAUGUACGAACAGAUGGAGCAAGUUAAAGCCCAGUACAACAUAAUGAUGGACAGCAUCAAACAAACAUCUUUCCCGAGCCUCCAGGCGGAGAUGGACAGUCACAUGGAAAGCAUGAACGGGCAGGUUCGAGCCCACCAAGCUCAGCAGGCGCUCUCUCUGCACAAGGUGGACAUGGAGGCCAGCGUGAUGGAGGUGGGGCGCCCCCUGAUGGCUUGUGGGAGUUGCGAUCCUGAGGAGUACUGCAGCUUCAUCAGCGGUCAUCCUCACUGUGAGAAAUGUACCGUCUGUCCCGCCGGCUUCUUCCUGGUCGCACAGUGUUCAAUCCACGCUGACAGAAUCUGCCAGGACAGAGAUGAAUGCCUUGAAAUAUCUGAUCUGUGUGGAGAUCGACAGAAGUGUCUCAACACUCCAGGUGGCUUCAGGUGCCAGAGCAUGACGGAGCGUGAUGGCAACUCAGGAAUGUGCGGCCAUGACUACUUCUACCACUCGGACAUGGAUGAGUGUCAGGCCUGCAAUGAGUGUGAUGGAGAUCCCGUUGCUUCCCCUUGUACCUUCACUGCAGACUCCAUCUGCUCUGGCCCUGUUCCUGCUGGUGACAACGCGCUCUCUCUAUCCUGGGCUGGAGAUGUAAGUCUGCCUGGCGCAAAAGGCAACUUCCUGGCUCAUGCCUUCCCUAGCGUGCAGCUUCAAAUAAAAGGAAGAGGCGACGGAGUGCUACUGUCCGCCGAAGAAGGCCGUCUGGUGCUCAGGCAGCACGGUCUGGUCUGGCUUGAUGAGAACCUCUCGGUAAGCCACGGUUGCCGUAGCUUCAUCCAGUUGUGCCUACGUAUGAACAACACAGACAGCUCUGAAGGUCGUGACCUCAGUGGCAUUAGGGUAGAGCAGCGGGAAGAAAAGUCCCUCCAGAGUGUCAGCAUCAGCGGGGUAGCAGAAGUCGCCCCAGGUAACAAGAUAUCCCUCUUCCUCCGGAGUGCCAGCAACCACUGUAACCAAAGCAACGAUGGUCUGCAGCUGUACGAGCCUUCAGCAGCUUCACUCAGUCUUCUCUGGCUCUCACAUGACACCGGGGCUGUUGCCAUGACAGCACAGGCAAUGGUGUCCGCACACUACCAUACCAACUAUCGCCCGGUGUUCCGCACCAGCUCCACGUCUGACCCUUACGUUGUGGGGCUGACUCAUGAUGGCCGAGGGAUUCGUUUAGCAGAAAGUGGCACCGUGCGGUUCGUAUUUCAGCAGGCGUUGUACUCCAUGGGCCAGGCGUGUGUGAGUGAGGGCUUCCAACUGUUAGCGUACCUGAACCGUAACGGAACCAGCUCUGAGUUGGGGCGUUCCUUCAAACCAGGCGUCCACUAUCGAGACACGUCCUUAUCUCUGACAGGAGUGGCUAAAGUUGGCUCUGGGGACACCCUAGGUUUUGAGAUCCUCUCUCCUGCUCAGUGCAAUGUACGCUUCUUUGGAGACGAGACCGGCAUCAGUAUCCUCAGCUUGGUUUGGGUCCCUGCUGCUCUGUCUUCCUCUCUGACGGCAUCAGUGUCCAACACCGGCCUACCGUCAGGAGCAGUCCGGAACAAGCCGCUGUUCUUCCGCCAGACCAGUGCUCAGGUUUCUCAGAUGGGGCUGUUAGGGAAAGGUCCAACAGAUCAAAAGCGAGAUUUUGUUUUCAAGGAGAGCGGCACAGUCAGUAUGGCUAUGGACCUCAAACUCAUUCAUUCCUGCAACCUGGUCAAGGUGACUCUUUUAAAGCGUAACGAUCCGGAUGGGUCAGGAGGAGGCCGAGAGGCGGAGGGAGUGCGACCCGUCCCUCUGGCCCAGCAGGUGGCCGGUCAGAUGCCUGAGGGAAGUAAUUGGGCCAGUGUUAGCCUGCGGACCUCCUUCCAGGUUCAUAACGGUACAGCUGUGUUCUUCACACUUGACUGUGUACGCGGACGAGUCAACCAGAUCAGCUACCAAACAGGAAGUGGAGUGUCGAUCCUCUGGGUAGCAGCGUAACAUCAGAGAGACAAAGCUUCACCAUGUUGUUCCAGUUCAGUAGAAGCUAAGCCAUUUAUAUGAUGGACAUUUUUGAUUAGUUUGAUUUAAUAGGCAUACAGUAGUUAGAUUGUUUGGGAAAGACGCUUAUUUACUUUCUUAUGGGGAGUUACAUGAGAUUAUCUAUAUCAUUCUUAUAUCUGUCUGAUAAAUAUCAAGCUACUGCCAGCAGCUUGAUAGCUUAAGCACUAGCCCGGCUCAGUCCAAAGGUAAGAAUACCUUUGAGAAUACAGGUAAAAAUGUGCUUAUUAGCACUUUUACAAUCUUGAAACCCACUGGAUAUCGGUCUGACUAUCGAUCUGGCUAUUUCUCGGAGAGACCAGUGUAGCCAACAGAUACAGUGUCUUGCCAACUUACCCUUUCUGCACUACACCUUGUUUACAGUCAGAUAAGCAUCUUCAGAUGCAAGACUGCAGUUGAGAGAGCCAAAUUGUAUGACUCAAUUGUGUCACAAGAAGCCAGUUUAUAAGCUAACUUUAAGCUAAAACAAAAACGAAAUUGUUGCCAGGUGUCUGCAGAUGGUUUCUGAAAUUGCAUUUUGGCAAAUACAUUCUGCUUUUUUAUUCUCCAAUUGAACUGUUUACCUGCAAUUCAGGACCAUUUUAUAUCUUCUCAUCUAACUUUUGUUAAGAGAAUAAAUAGGCUAUUUCCAAAACGUUGAACUGUUGCUUGAAGCUGCUUGAUUUUGUAGUGAGUAGCCUACAGCUCAUUUGAUUUUUAUUUGUAUUUUGUGCAAAAAAAGUAGCAUUACUCAUCAACCUUAUUUAUAUCAAUGCAAGUUUAAGUGUAAUUAUUUCUACAGAAGUAAUUGAUGGCUCUAAACUAUUUUCUCACACUUCCGAAAUUGUAUUUGCUGUAUUUCUCUCUCUCUUUAUUUAUGUAAUAAUGUUACUCUGUUGACUCUAAUAGAUCUUCAGCUCAUUCCCACUGUGGCUACAGCAUUGUUUGCUGUCACUAAAAGCAGUUAGCUGCUGGUUUCACUCAGGAGAGUGUUUUUUAAGAGCAUGUGUUUCAUGUUAGCCACCAUUUUCUAAUGUGAAUAUCUACUGCAUGCCCUGUUUAAUGACCACUUUUCUGCAUAUUAUGGACUUAAAGACAAUCAUAUGUUUCACUAAGGCCAGGUGUAACUGUCCUGGAGAGAUAGUAUACUAUCUUCAUUAUUUACACCGUAAGAUAUAGUUAAUGUUUACUCAAAGCAAACUGUAAUAAAGUGUAUAUUUGAUGUUUUAUUUGAAAUCCAAUAAAUUGUUUUGCCAGA